CCAAAGUAAUCAAACGCCUCCCCACUCUCUCUCUCUCUCUCUCUCUCUCUCUCUCUCUCUACAUCCGUAAUACAAGUUCACACCAGCACCCACUCAAUUCUAUAGAACCAGAGUUAAGAAUUUUCAGUGAAGCAUUUUCUUCUCUCUUCCUUUUUUUUUCCCUUUCUUUUAAAUUUUGAAAAAUACAGACACAGAGCAGCAGAAGCCGACGAAAGCAAAAGCGCGUUACAACUUACACCCUCAUCAUCAUCCUCCAUUUAUAUUCCUCUUUGUUCUUUCUCCAACUUCCCCGAUAUCACUCCCCCCGAUUGCUUGCGACGAAUGACGCCAUCACCCACUGCCGAUUAUUUGUUCACCAUCGCUACUGUUGGGAUCGUCGCAAAAUCUCUUUGCGCAUCAGAUCCUUUUGAGAAGGUCUUACAGCUCGCCACCAUUGUUGGUUUCUAAGAAGAAGAAGAAGAAGCAGCAAAACUUUCGAUACUUGACCCUACUCGGCUCCAGAUCGAAUAAGCUCUACUGGGUUUUUUUUCCCCCUUUCUGUGAUCUGCUACUUUCUCAGUAGCCAAACGCUGGGAAAGUUGCUGCUGCCAUUUCUGUAGUGUUUGAAGUUCUCAGAGAUUUGAUGCCUUCUGGAAGCAUGUUCAGAGAGAGGAAGAUGGGGAAAUCAUCAGGUGCGGCGCCAGGCAGCAGAGACUGGACUCAGAUCUACGCAAUCUACGGUCUCGAGCAGUGGCAGACCAUUAUUUUCCUAUUCUUCAACGCUGUCCUAUUUACCAUUAUGUCUCUCCUCUACCUCACUUACUUCCACCCCAUCACCCUCUUCUUCCACCGCCUCCUCCCCAUCGACUCCGCCCGCUUCGCCGCCGGCUUCACCGGCUCCGUCACCGCCCUCUCCGCCCUCUGCCUCUUCUUCGCAUCCGGACACUUCCUAUACUCCUCACUCCCCCUCCACUAUGACGUCGUGCAGCGCAUGGUCAGCUCCGUCAACGACUGGUCAACCGUCAAGCACGCCCUCGACCUCGGAUGCGGCCGCGGCAUACUUUUGAACGCGGUGGCGACCCAGAUGAAGAAGGAGGGGAGUUCGGGUCGGGUCGUGGGACUGGACCGGUCCAAGAUGACGAGCCUCUCGUCGACGCUGCGAACGGCGAAGAUUGAAGGUGUGGGGGAGUACGUGACUUGCCGUGAGGGCGACCCCAGUAGAUUGCCGUUCGGGGACGGGUACUUCGACGUCGUGGUCUCCGCCGUGUUCAUCCACACCGUCGGCAAGGAGUACGGCCAUAGGACAGUGGAGGCGUCGGCGGAGCGGAUGAGGGUGAUCGGCGAGAUGGUGAGGGUUCUGAAGCCCGGUGGGGUCGCUGUCGUGUGGGACCUACUGCACGUGCCAGAGUACGUUCGGCGGCUGCAGGAGCUGAAGAUGGACGACAUUCGGGUGUCGGAGCGGGUGACGGCGUUUAUGGCGAGCAGCCAGAUCGUGUCUUUUCGCAAGCCCAGUCAGCACGUUAUCGGGCCCGGUGAGGUCCGACUCGACUGGAGAUGCUGAAUAGCAGACCGACCCGACCGGGUUAAACCCGGCCCACAUACACACGAAGAAAAUAGUCAGCCAAAAUAGUAUAGUAUAAAUACAUAACCACUCUGAAGACUUUCGAGUAACGACAAAUAAAUAUUAAAUGAAGAAAUUAAUGGGUUUGUUUAUGUGUUUGUUGUAUGAAGUCUUGUGUUCUGGAGAGGCGAAGCUGACCCAGAUCAGAUGGGGAGAGAGAUGAUUAUACAUGUAAUAAUCUUAGUUUAAAUUAUCUAAUGAUAUUUUGUUGAUCUUAUAUAUUUUAGAGGUGACUUUAUGGGAAUUGAAGUAUUUUUCGUAAUGAGUUUGGUGGAUAAUUUUAUGUAAUAUUUAACGAAAUUAGGAUCAU